AUGGCGUCAACAACCAAACGUGCGAAGAUAAAUGCAAACUCUCAUCAGCAACCUCUGUCAGUAGACAAUUUGUCGGAUUAUGAGGCUGACUUGUUAUCAGCAGCUUUACAUAAACUUUGUUCAGCUCGGGCUGUUGAUAACAUUAAGCUAAUACCUUGUAAACUAAACUCUUGUAAUGCAGGACUCAUCAAUGGAGCAGGAAUGCGUUUUUCUGAAGCAUUUUGCAAUUUACAAAGCUUUGACAAAGGCUUCUUUAUGGGGAAUAUAUUUAGAAAAGGGCUAGACGUUGGAGUCGAUUUCCUAGAUGGAAAAAUUCCAGAGGCAAAGCAAGAAAAGAUGUUAAUUGAAAAACUUACUAACUUCUUGAAAUCAGAGGAGGUGGUUGAUGUGGAAUAUGAAAAUAAAGCUGACAGGACAGUUUUUCUGGCUAAUCAUUUGUUUGGAAAGUUGGCCGUAUCACCAUACUACACCAUAGACAAAAGUAAUGAAACCAGACAGAGAGGCAAUAAAUGCAGUUGCUCAGAUGAAAGUUGUAUGUUGACAGGAAAGUAUGGGGAUACAAGUAUAGGAAACCCACAGGUUUGGCAUGGCAGCAUAGACGUUAUAAUAGGGAGUGAUAUUGUGAUUGAGAAUUUGGAAGAGGAACCAGUUUGUCCAGAGGGAAUAUCAGUUAAGAUGAAGAGUAAUGCUGUUACAAGAAAUUCACAACUGGUUGCAGAAACAAUUGUGUUUUCAUUUCUUCAGAAGAAAAACCAUCCUGAAUGGUCCCAUUUUCUCGUCCCUUGUAUAGGCAUCGGAGAUAAUGUACUGCUGAUAAUGUUCUAUGAUUCAGAGCAUGAUGUCUUUCUAGAGAGUUCACUUAUACCAUUGUAUUCAGAAUUACACAAAAACAGGUUUUCUAUGGAGGCCAUUUUAGUUUCAUGGCUAGCUGUCAAUUACAAAUUUUUAUGUACUGGUUUGACAGAUGAUAUGCUGUCUUAUAAAGCAGAUUUCUUUUUGCAAGCCGAAAGCAGUUUAGAUAUUUAUGAGAAUGAAUUAACAAACCAAAAUGUAGGUCCAGCUGAAAUAGUAGACAUUAAUUUACCACAGGAAUGGGAUUACAAUGCUUAUCUGUUAGAAAAGAAUGACAAAAUUGAUGAAAUGAAUAGAAAAAGGAGAUUCAAAAAUUGUAAGAAUUAGAAGAAAAAAAAGUUGUUCACUUUGUAUUAAUUUACUGUACUUUGUAUCAAUGUUUAUUGUCUAAAUUACCAUUGCAUGAAUUCCUUAAUUUUUUCCUGGAAUAUUUGUGUCACAGAAGCUGCCCUUUCAUUUUUGAUCCUCUGAAUGAAUUUUUAAAGGAUUAUAAAUAAUAAGAUGAGGAAUAUGGAUUUUUAUGUAGAAUUGUUGAUGUUACUUCUGUAACAAACUUUAUUGUGACAUGAGUUACUGUGGCCCUUUUCACAAAAAUCUUAGGACUAAGAUGAAAAUUUGACAACUUUGUAAACCUUUUGUUUAAUAAAGAUAUUUAUUUUUUCUCUCCUAAAACAUCAUUUAUAAUAUU